AUGAUUCCACAGCAAUGGGCACCACCUUGUAACAAGCAAUGCACAAAUAAAUUCUCAGCCCUCACCCAAAUUCCUUGGAGAGUUUUUUGCAAAAAGGCGUGUGAUGCUGAUGGCGAUACAUGGGAGGAAUGUUUGGAACAAUGCGAUGAGAUGUGCUAUAAGGGCCCUGUUAUGAAGGAUCAACAAUGGAGUGCUUGUAUUGAUCGCGCCCCUGGUUCUGCUAGCCACUCUGAGGAUUGUCAUCGCGCUUGUGUAGCUGGUUGUGGUUUCAAGUUUGAUAUCCCUCCUGAGGAAGUAAAUAAAAUCCAAUCAAACAGGUCUUCCAAGAUCCAGCUGAUAAAAACAAGUCCACCCCCUAAAGCCACUUGA